GUUGGACAUAAGACCGCGAGUUACUAUUGUUGCGUCACUGUACUAGGUUUGGUCUCCUAUUGGGAUCGAUUGGUGUAAUUGUUCCUUUAACUCAGAAGUGAUCACUUCCUCAAACUAACAUACAUUUGAUCAGAUCAUCCGUUUAAUUGUCUGAAAACUAAUAUAUCUUGAACAGUAUUGGUCUUUCAAAUAUAUAUAUAUAUAAUCGGCAUGGCUCAGGGAAAACUUAAAGUCAAAACCAAAUUACCCAAAGGAGUAAAAUCCGGUAAAAGUGAAAGGUCUUUACAGAAACAAUCCGCCAAACCACUGCGCAAAGGGACUCGUGUUAUAAAACCAAAAAAAGAAAGACUAAAAGAAGCUCAUGAAAUGAAGAAGCAUAUGGAAAAAUUGUUAAAAAAAUCAGUGGAAAAACAAGCUAUUGAGAAAGUGUCGUCUUGUGAACCCCGUUCACUAAAAAUUGUAAAAGAAUAA